CUCUCUCUUCGUUCUCUGAAACUCUAAGAAAUGUAGGAAAAUAAAAUAACACCAUUCCCAACAAUGACCAGCUAGCUAACUCUCUCUCUCUCUCUCUUAAAAGGUUUGUUUGUAUCGAUCAAUGUUAAGAAGUGUCAUUCUGUGUUUCUUUGCCCCUCUUUCUUUCUCUCUCUCUCUUUCUGGUUGGUAGUGUUUGGUUGCGAAGAAAAUGAGACUUUAAUUCGUGAGAAAUGGGUGAUUGAUGAGGAAGAUAAUUUGGGCGGAGAGGUGAAAGGAAGACAGCAAUAGAAGAAGAAGAAGAAGGAAAAAAAAUGUUGAGAUUACAUAGACACAGGCAGCCACCUAAAUCAGGGACCAAAAUUGACUUCAAGUUCUCCAGUUUCAAGGCCCUUCAGGUUCCCAAAGGAUGGGACAAGCUGGUUUUGUCUGUUGUCUCUGUAGAAACUGGAAAAACAGUUUCAAAGACGAGCAAAGCCGUGGUGCGAAAUGGAAGUUGUCAAUGGAAUGAGACUCUUUCAGAAUCUAUUCGGGUUUUGGAAGAUGAUUCUUCAAAGGAGAUUGAGGAUUGUCUCUACAAGUUCAUUGUUUCCAUGGGAUCAGCUAGAUCUGGAAUCCUUGGGGAGGCUACAGUUAAUGUGACAGAUUAUACGACUUCAAGUGCUUCUGUACCACUCUCUCUUUUACUGAAAAAGUGCAGUCAUGGAACAAUUUUACAAGGACAAAUUCAGUGCUUAACACCACGAACAAAAUCCAGGGAUGAUGAUUCAAAAGAGAAAAACCUUGAUUUGGAGAAAUCAAAUGGAAAUUGUCAUGAUGUGGACAUUAAGUCGGAUGGUUCUGGAUCUGAUGCAAGGAGUUUUAGUUCCUCCACCAAAGAUUUCCGCUUGAUAUCUCACCCAGGAGAACCUGGGAGUAGGGAAACAAGUUUUUCUAUAUCAGAGUCGCAUCAAAGCUAUGGCUCAGUUGAAGGUUCCAUAGAGGAGGAAAAUAUGUCCCUUAGAGAUCAUAGUGGAGAGGUGCGCAGUAUAAGGAGAGAAGAUUCAAUCAGUUCUGAAAACUCUGUUUCCCAUGGAAGUUAUCCUGCUGAUAAUCACCAUUUGAAGCAAUCAUCUUUUAAUUCACAGACCAUGGAGCCGGGAAAUCACUCUGUAAAUUCUAGACAGGAGUUUCCAGCAUAUUCUUUGAUAACUACUACAGAAGAUACAACCGAGGAGCUGCGUGCACAGGCUAAGAUGUGGGAGAGGAAUGCCCGGAAACUAAUGCUUGAUUUUGAUAUAUUGAAGACGGAAUUCACUGAUCAAUCAAAACUUCAGUCUAAUUUGAACAUGGAGCUCUCAGCAGCCUGUGCAGAACGUGAUAAUUUGAAGAAAGAAGUUGAGCAACUGAAGUUGUCAUUAGAUAAUUCGAUGGUAAAACAAAUGUCGCCAGAGGAUUUGUCGUCUCAAUAUGAAGGCCUGCCUCAUACUCAAAAAGAAAUAAAAGAUGAACUGAAGUUUCAGAAAGAAUCCAAUGCUAAUCUGGCUCUUCAGCUGAAGAAAAGUCAUGAAUCAAACAUUGAGCUCAUUUCUAUUCUCCAGGAGCUGGAAGAUACAAUUGAAAAACAGAAAAUAGAGAUGGAAAAUCUCCUAGCAGUACAAUCAAUGUUUAGUAAUGCGGAGAAAACCAUUGAAGCAGCUAUAGAGGAAAAUAGAAAAGUGACAAAUGAGCUCCACCAGUUGCAGGAGUCUGAAAAUAAUUUGAUCAUUGAAGUGAAACUGCUAGAACAGGCAUUGGAGGAGAAAAAUCAAGAGAUAGAGAAGGGAAGGACCCUCAACAAUCAAACCUUUUCGGAUAUUGAGGCAGAAUACGAACGCAAGUUACUUGAUAAAGAAAAAGAAAUUGUUAGUUUGAAAGCAAAGCUAUCAGAGUCUCUAAAUGUCGCACACUCCAUAAAAAUGGGAUCAACAAAUGAUUGUGAUGUAAAUCUGAUCAGAGAGAUUGAAGACUUGAGGGAAAAGGUGCAGGAGCUAGAGAGGGACUGCAACGAGCUGACUGAUGAAAACUUGGAACUCUUGCUCAAGCUCAAGGAAUUGAAGAAUGAUUUGAACAAGAGAGAAAAUUCUAAUGAUUUUGAACAAAGUGAGUGUUUUACUAAACCUUUGACCAGAUUUGAGUUCCAACUGAGUGACCAGAAAUUCAAAACAAACGAUGCUGAAGGGACAGCAAUGGAUGACACUUUUUCUUUUCAAGCACCUCAGUGCUCAGAUAUGGAACUGGAAGCUAAAUUGGCAGAAAUGAAUAUGGAAUUGGCUGAGAAAAAGUCUGGAAUGGAAAAACUUCAGGUAAACUUGCUGUCUAGAGAAAAGGAAAUUUUGGUUCUCAGGCAUUGUCAAAGUGAACUAGAGGCUAAGGUUUCUGAACUUCAAAAAGAAAAAAUCCAGCUACAGGAACACAUGGAAUUCAAGCUACAAGAAAGUGAUGUCACCUCUAAGAAUUUUAAUGAUUUACAACAUGAUUUGGUGGUGACUGCCAGCAGUGUAGAUUCCCAAGCGUCUGCUAAUAAAAUACUAGAAAGAAUGUCUUCAGUGCUAGAAACUGGUAAUCGAGAAAUGGAGCCUCAUUUAUCAGAGCUAGAAGGAGAAAAUAUGCAGUUGUCAGUACUUGUAACUAGUCUGGAAGCUCAACUAAAAUAUUUGGCAGGUGAGCAAGAAUCCAGUCAAUUGGAUUUAGAGAAUUCCAAAUCUUAUGCUAUGACUCUCCAGGAUAAAAUUAAAAGAUUGCAAAAUCAGAUGACAGAAACUCUUGAAGAAUGUGAAUAUCUGAGAAGAGAAAAUUCGAAGUCGCAAUCUACUGUUGAGAGACUUACUGAAGAGUGCAAUUCCUGUAGAAAAACAAAUGGAGAACUGAGGAAGCAAAAAGUGGAGUUGCAGGACUAUUGUUCCCUUUUGGAGGCAAAGUUGGAGGAAUCGCAUAAACGCUUCACAGAUUGCUCCAGAAAAGUGGAUGAAUUGGAGCAAUAUCUGUCUUCACUGCUGGUGGAGAUUUCCUCUAAAGAGAAGAGCCUAACUUCAGAAAUAGAUGCACUUCUUGAUGAAAACUUGAGGCACAAAGAGAAAUUUAAUCAUGAACAGAGCUUGUUAAAUGAGAUGUAUACGGAGAAGGUAGUCGAAGUAGAGAGUCUUCAGCAAGAGGUAGAACAUCUGGUAAAGAAACUUUCUGCAAUUCACGAGGAAAGAGAAAGGAUAGUUUCUGAUGCCAUGCAGGAACUUUUCAGAUUACGUGCUGAUAACACAAAACUGGAAUCUGAAAUCCAUGAAAUUCAGUCUAAAUAUAAACAAACUGAGAAUGAGCUCAACAUUAAGCAAAACAAUUAUGAAUUGAAGUUAAAAUUUCUCUCCAGUGAACUAGCUGCUUUGAAUCAAAACCAGGAGUUUCUGAUGGCAGACCACGAAAAAGUAUCAAAGUUAUUAGAGUACUAUAAAUCAGGUGAAGGAAAACUCAAGACCACUAUAAAUGAUCUUGAACUAAGGCUUGCAGUGUCUGAACAUGAACGGCAAAAACUGGUGGAUGAAUCUUCCUGCCUGCAGGUUCAGUUGCAGAAACUAGCUCAUCUCAAGGGUGAACUUUCAGCUUUCAAGAACGAGCUUGACACAACCAAGUUUGAGAAGGAGAAACUUGAGGCAUCAAUGCAUACAAUAUUUGAGGAAUGCACGAAUCUGAAGGCAGAUAAAAACGAUUUAGUUGAGAAGAUCUCAACAUUGAAGAAGGCUGUCUCUGAAUUAGAGGACUGCAGAAGUGACAAGCAAGCCUUGGAGGAAAAGCUUUUGCUGAUGCAAAAUGCUUUACUAGAACAUGAUGCAUUACGUGCUCUGGACGCUGAAAUGAAAAAAGAGCUCAAUCAGAUCAAGCACGAAAACAGGCAAUAUCAGGAAGAGAGAGAUGAGUCCCAAAGAAAAUAUGAAGCCCUUGAAGAAGAAAUUAAACUUAUGAAAGAAGAAAAACAUUAUCAGAAGGAGCACAGUAGUCGCAAGUCUCCAAAUGUUUCCAAGACAAAUACCAAAGUGAAUACAGUUCAUGAAACUGCAAAGAUCUCAAAGAAUGAGAUGACAAAGAGUGGGAACCAACGUCGUGAUAGUAGAAGGAAUGGCCUGGUACAUGAAGUUAAAAAGGAAUCUCACUGCACACAAGUUCAAAGAGAGAACGGUGGUCGAUGUGAAAUUUCUAAUGGAAGUCCUCACAGUAAUGGAGCUGAUCUUGGCUCAAAGAUUCAGUUACUUGAGGAUCAACUUGCUAAGGCAUUAGAAGAAAGUAACAAGCACAAAGCUCAGCUUGAUAGGCUUUUGUCUGAUGGCCAAAAAGGCCAUGCAGAAGGUGAAGUAGUCCCCAAAGACGAGUAUAAACUCACAAUGUCACUUCUAGAGGCAGAAUUAAAAGACAUUCGUGAGCGCUAUUUGGACAUGAGCCUUAAAUACGCUGAGGUUGAAUCUCAGCGUGAGGAACUGGUGAUGAAGUUGAGGAAAGCUAAAAAUGGAAAGAGGUGGUUCUCCAUGAAUUCAUAAUGUAUUUCAAAUCUAUUGUAAGUCAUCUCCUAAUCUACCUAUCUCAGGUGGCUUUUUUUUUUCCCAUUAAUUUUGCAAAGAUAUACCACAGUUUUCAAUUUUCUUCUUUUACUUAAAUUUUUGAUUCAUAGUGUAGGAAUAUACCAAUUGUCAGUGGUUGGUUGUAAAUGAUGAAACAAUUGAGAACAGCUCAUCAGCUUACAGAAAGCUGAUAUUGCAAGUAUUACAGUGUUACAGAAAUAUAUAUACAUAUAUACAUACAUGGAAAAAGUUUUACAUUUGUUCUUUAA